CCCGCUACUCUGACUUGCAGACAUGGCCGACAAGAAUCCGAGCGAGUCCGACGCACGCUUUGCGACCCGGAUAGACCCGGCUAAAGAGGAUCUCACUGCGGAACAGCUCGCCCUCAUCAAGCGGCUGGAGCACGAACAGUGGAAGAAGAAGAUCCACAAGCUCCGGACACGGAAUGUGGUCACGGGAGUCGCCAUCGGAGCGUUGGUGCUCGGGAUCUAUGGCUACACGUUUUACUCCGUCUCCCAGGAGCGGGUCAUCGAUGAAUUAGAUGAGGAGGCCAAGCGUGCGAGGCUGCAGGGACCAAAGACCGGCGCCAACUGAGAUGCACGUGUUACCUGCCUGAUGGACUGCGUGUCUGCUCUGCACUUAACUGAGGAAGGGACUUGUGUGGACACUGAUUGAUAUUCCACGGCUGGUCGCUGUUUUUCAUGUUGAGACAGCGCUGGACUUUAUGUGAGGGGUAAUUGCGCGGUCAUGCUGCUGAUUUAAAACUAGACGUGUCCUGAUUUUGAUUAAGUUUGUCUGUCGGUGAUCUUAAAUGCUACCCAGGAGGCGCAGACUGUAGAGCAAUUACAACCCUCACCUGACGAGCUUCCAUGAUGUGAUGUGCAUACGCUAUGAGGGCAACGUCCUGAAUUUUAGUCAGCUAAUGAAGUUAAAUCUACAGUGGCCUUUAAGAGCCGGUGACACACCUGUUGAAACAUAUUUAUGUCAAUCAAGUUAUAAUUUGUAAAAUAAAAGUCUAAUGUAUUUGAUUUUUUUUAAA